UGAUACCCCCAAGUAAAACCCGGGAUCCAAACCAACACAUUGUAAACCAAACUCAUGUUUCAUUAACUUGGUUGUUGUAUUCUGUUCGAAAUUAAUUAUUUUGUAUUUCUUUUUGUACAAUUCUUGUACUUAUCAUCAUUCGGUUAACCAUGACCCACAAUUCGCAAGUCUCCAAGUAUCAGUCUAACACGACCAGGAUGAUGUUGGCGUAUCAAAAACUCGACUUUUCCCAGUUUGCGGAGCUUCGCAAAGCUGGAGAAUUCCGGCGCACGGACGUCGUUCCGUUGCUGGCGAGCCCGGCUGACCUUGAGCGCGAGAUGGCCGCGUUUUGUCAAAAGAGAGCGGAUUCGAUGGCGGUGAAGAUAGAGAAAUACUUGAGAGAGUGUUUUCUCGACAGGAAAUUUAACACUUUUUCCAUCGAUGAGCUUUUUGUCGCUCUAAAGGAGACGAACGUCCACCCGGAGGCGAGAAAGAUUUUGUUGGACGAAAGUCUUCCCAAACGGCAUCCUCGGAUCAAGAUCGACGCCAAGGGUCGCUUAUCGUACAUUCCGCCAUACAAAAUUACUGCCCUCACCGAUAUGGUGGAUAUGAUUAAAGAUAUGUCGAGCCGGUUGGAAGGUCUAUUCGAAGAUGACAUUCACGACUCGACCAAGCUGAGCGAUUCAAUCAUUCGGGAAUUGCACGAAUCUCAACAAGUCUUCGCCAUAAAGCGUUGGGACGGCAAGGCCACGUUUUUCCACUCAAACGUCCAUCCAUCCUCCACCACCAGCGAUUUGCCCUCAAUCAACGUGGAAACGGAACUCGUCAACAUUUUCAAAUCCAUCGACGUCUCCCGACUGGAUGCCGAAAUUCAUAUUGAACGUUAUUUAGAACGUGCCGGACUAAACCCCAUCAAAUCGGAGAGGAAACUGUUUCUCCAACCCAAGAAAAAGGCCGUGGUCAAGGUAGAAAUCAAGAAGAAGGCGAAACCCCUCGUCCUGGGACACAAUCAACACCUCGAAGCCGGCGUGAUGAAGCGUUUCGACGAAAAUGGUGUCCAAGACGAGGAGGAGGAAGGUGGCAACGACGAUGACCAUGUCGAAUAUCUGCCACAGCCGGAAAUCAAGAAAAAGAAGAAGUCCGUGACCAUGAAAGACAAAACACCCAAAAAGCGUCCCGCAUCCGAAAAGGAGGAAAUUCCGCCCAAAAACCUUCGCGAUCGUCCCGUCCAAGACGAGGAACAAGAUCUCUAAAAAAUGAUUAAAUUGGAUUUUUGCCUUGUGAGGGUCAUCGUCGUUAAAAAAUAUAAACCUAAAAUUUUCUCUUAAAAAAAUGAAUAAUUUUGAAGGAUCAGAAAUUUAGUCAAAACAAAUGAAUUGAUUGUUAUAAACUUGAUGACGAUGAGACGAAACUGUCCAAAUAAUGCAACCUCUUCUUAAUAGUGACGAUUUGUAGAAACCGUGCAAAAUCUAAUAAAUUUCAUCAGUCAACAUCUCAAUAAUUGAUUAAAAA